AUGCACAGCUUGAAGCUCGCGAAAGGCUAUUUCGGCAGCUUUCAUAGGGGAGCUGUGGACGCGUAUCCGAAGACCGCGAAAUUCUCACCGUUGUUGGCAUUCCUCCGCUGGAAACAAAACGCUGGAGAUCUCGAGUUUCACACGUGCCAACGAAUAAUUAAGGAGGAAUCUGUGCGAUGCCUUCAUUUAGUCGCCCUCCGGAAUUCCGGGGCGUGGGAAAAUUCGCGAAAUGUGGUCGAAUUGUCCGUAUAUCGGGGCGUCGGCUUGUCGGAACCCAACUGCAUAUCCUUGGAAAUAUGCGGGAACUUGUGUCGCACCCUUGCGCAUCUUACCCCAUCCCUGGCUCGCGGGAUAACGUCGUCUCGGAUUAUUGUUGCGUGUCGCGAGAGGAUCGAAGGUUCUUCAACUUACGCUCAUUUCGUGUUCCGGGCAUUUGACGCAAGUCGCAUCGGAGCACUGAGCUUUAGAGACUUGAUGCUGACUCUGUCGACCCUCCUGCGUGGAACCCCUCAAGAAAAGCUGCACUGGGCCUUCAAUUUGUACGACUUGAACGGCGACGGCGCCAUUUCCAGGCCCGAAAUGACCGCCAUUCUGGCCUCGGUUUACGACUUGUUGGGAUCUCACAGCCAUCCUCCGGUGAGCAGUUUUCCGAUGAAGUUGCAUUCAGUGAGAGGCAGGCAGUACUCGGACUUUCAGCUCACGGCUGUCCUUUGCGAAAACAUGGAAGUGCAGAGAGAAAAUUGCGGGAACCCCGGGGCCCGGUUCGGCCCGUGCUCCCCCGAAGCUGAUGAUCUCAUCUGCAUCAAGAAGUCACACGAGUACCGGAUUGAGAAUCUCAGCUGGUUCUUGAUCUCUCGCACGCCGUAUUUCCCGCCCGGGGAGGAUAGUAAAUCGGCCACCGUCAAAGCUGAAACGUAA